AUGCACUGCGGCUGGAGACGCGCUCGCAGUUCGGGCUCCAUCCUCCUCACGGACACACGCUUCUUCUGCCCUCAGUAUGAUGUAACUAUGACCCACCAGAACCGGACUCUGCUUCAGGAGUUUGUCUUCAGUCAGCGGCGCGCAGGAGGAGCAGUCAUGUGGGAGAGCAUUCAGAUUUGCGGUGCACUGUUUGUCCUGCUCGCUCUGUCCCGCGCCGCGCCGCCCCCCACGCACAUCAACCGUCUGGCCCUGUUCCCUGACAAGAGCGCCUGGUGCGAGGCCAAGGACAUAACCCAAAUCGUAGGGCACACAGGCUGCCAGCCGCGCUCCAUCCAAAACAGAGCGUGCCUGGGCCAGUGCUUCAGCUACAGCGUUCCCAACACGUUCCCACAGUCCACGGAGUCGCUGGUCCACUGCGACUCCUGCAUGCCCGCGCAGACGCAGUGGGAAGUGGUGACUCUGGACUGCCCAGACAAUGAAGAAUCCCCUCACGUGGACAAACUAGUGGAGAGGAUCUUCCACUGCAGCUGCCAGUCUUGCAGUAAAGAUGGAGGCCACGAGGGGGCGCUAAUGCAACUCUUUUCCCCAGACAACGGCCUGGACUCUCCAUCUUUGCCUGAUUCUCUCAUAGGACUCCACUCUCCCUCCCUCCCAGACGCAGACAAACACGUCCAAAUAGAGACAGAGCACCACAAGCUGCCACACACUUCAGAUGGAGGCUAG